AUGCUGCCGCAUCAGCGUGUCGUUCGACUGCAUAUUGCUCUGGCUGGCGCGCAAGAUUUGCCGGAGGUUGUCGAGACGGCGGAGCGUGUCGUGAGGUUGUUACUAGAUCAGGCAGUUAGGGGCGAUACGUUGAUAAAACGUAUUUUCUGCAUCGAGUUCUCUGGAUCACGGGCAGUCCUCACGCGGGAACAGGCGGCUCAGACCUACAGAUACGAACUGUUCUCGGACCCGUUUCGGAGGAUGGUGAAGAGGGAUUCUGUCAAAGACACAAUGAUGUUCGUGGCUCAGAAAAAAAAGUACGUUGCCCUGCUGGUCGGCUUCAACUAUGGGCCGGCGGAGGCUUCAGCGCUUCUCAAGGAAGCACGCAGGGAGGAGAUGGCAGACUCGCUGUCGUACAUGCGCCAAAUCGUUUUUCGGUUUAUAAACGGA